CAUUCCCACUGGACUUCCGGAAUAUAAUUUCAUAUUUUAAAUUCAUAAUAAACGAUGCGCUAGAGACUCCAUAGAGCUUCUAUCAUGGAUUGUAACACGUUAAAGGUGUUAGGUGGUGUUGCUGCUGCUGUUGUCGCGGGUGUUUAUGUCCUCUGGGGACCAGGGGACUCCAGGAGAACACCGAGGAGAAAAGAUACCUGUCCUGGGUUAACAAACUUGGGUAACACAUGUUUCCUGAAUGCUGUACUGCAAGCACUGGCCCCCUGUAAGAGCAUUAUGCAUUGGCUUGGUGACUUUGUGGAACAACAUAUUCACCAGAAUUAUUCUGACUUCCUUGCUUACACCUUGGUUAAAGUUUUGAAAGAUUUGAAUAAUGAAGGGACUGCAUUAACUGAUGAUGUAACACCAUAUGAGGUGACGGAUGCAUUGAGAUCAAGAAGAUGGGUUAUUUCACAAGAUGAGCAGGAUGCCCACGAGCUGUUCCAUGUGCUCACCGAAAGUUUGGAUGAGGAAACUAGCAGAUUCCCAGCUGUAUUAUCUCUAUUAGAAGUAUUAGAUCUACAGAAAGGCCAAUAUUUGAACCAUACAGAUUUCAAGAGCAAGAUAAACAGUGAACUGCCAAGUCUCCCUGAGAGACAAUCUAACAACUUGCCAUUCAGAGGACUCCUAGCUUGUCAACUCAGUUGCAAAUUAUGUGGAUAUAAAAAUCCUGUAAAGCAUGAUACGUUUGACAGUCUCUCUCUAUCCCUUCCUGAUCACACACUGGGAGUGCUGACCCUAGACAGAUUACUAAGGGACUAUAUAACAUCAGAGACAGUGCAAAGUGUGAGCUGUGAAGGUUGUGCCAAAAUACAACAAGCAAUUAACAAAUCACCCCCAGGGAGCCCUGCCCCUAAAACUACAUUUGCCAAAAGAAUGACAAUAAGUAAGCUACCCAGAAGUCUGUGUCUGCACAUACAGAGGACAGUCUGGCUGAACAAUGGGAGCAACAUGAAAAAGUUUGACAUUGUUAAAUUCCCUGAGAUUCUCAUCAUGGAUAAUUAUGUAUACCACAAGCAAGCUUUACGGCCACAAGAGGUCUCUAGUAGGCUUGUCGGUGGGCAGGAGGUGAAACAGGACCUUGUGGUUCCAAGCACUCCUAAAAAGCAGCGUCAAGUUCCUUCGAGUUAUCUCCGACCGUCAUUAACAGAUCCGCCACUCACAAGAGGUCCCUUGAGACCCAAAGAAUUGGACAUCCCUAGUCAAUCUAGUCACAAUCUCACUAAUGGCAACCAGAUAAACAGUUACCCUGGCAACAGUAACCAUAGUGACAUGUAUAAGUUGGUUUCCGUGGUAGUGCACCUAGGUGGUGUGGAGUCAGGACAUUUCAUAACAUACAGGAGAGCGCCGGGGGAAUAUAGCCACAAAUGGUUGUACACUUCUGAUAGCAUGGUAAAGAGAGUCACAUUACAGGAGGUCAUGGAAUCUGAGGCAUACAUGCUUUUCUAUGAGAAAAUAUAAUUUAUUACUAGAUAAAGUAAUCAAUUGCCCUGAUGUAUUAAUAAUAAACAGUUAAAAGUUAUAUUAUUGUUUUCAUGCCUUCCCUCGUCCAUUUUUCCUACUUGUUUUAAACAUAGAUUCAUAGAUAGGCUUCAUUGAAUCAUUUUUGUAAGACUGUUAUGAAAAUAUUAACAUGUCUAAUGUAGUUCUUAAACAUGUAGAAUAAGGGGAAUCUAUCAAUUUAAAACUUAAAAUGCCAACCUGCUUGAUUUUGCCAAGUUUGAUCCUUUCCCUAUCCAGGCAUUACUCAAAUACGUUAUAUACGUUCACGUACGUUAUCGCAAACAAUUUCAGACAGUUAUAUCUUGGAUUAAGACUAUU